AUGGGAGAGACCCAGCAAGCGAACCUCUCUUCCGGUGACGCGAACCAAGAAUUUGUGAUUGUGCAGGAAGGAAAGGCUAAAGUCGGAUUUCAUGGACCGGUCUUCUACAAUCCUGUUCAAGAGUUCAACAGAGACUUAACUGUAUCAGUCCUUCGCGAGUUUGUUAGGUCUCGGUUAGCAAAUGGUUCUACCCUCGAAAGUAAAACAUGUUCUGAAGAACCAAAACCUAAGAAAUCAAAGCCGCUCUUCGAAAAGGAGGAUGGCUCAAUCAGAAUUCUUGAUGCUUUAUCGGCCAGUGGUCUGCGAGCUCUACGGUUUUCACAAGAAGUA